CUCAAUUGGGAGACAGAGUUGUAAUUUCGACCCCAUUUGGAGGGAAUAGCUGAGAAAGCUAUGAUCUUUUCAACUCAAACUAAUACGAUUAUUAUUAUAUAGUGUGUGCUAUAUAUAUAAAUAUUUGUAUAUAAUACAAACUCAAUUACAUUACACAACUUUCUUCAUAAUCACUCUCACAGCUCUUAAAAUUUUGGUCUCGAGUUAUGCUUCAAUAAUGGGCUGCUAUCCAUCCAAGCAAGUGAAAACCCCUGGCUAUGAAGAGCCUACUGUUCUUGCUGCUGAAACACCAUUCACAAUAAGUGAAGUAGAAGCCUUGUACGAGCUUUUUAAAAAAUUGAGCAGCUCUAUAAUCGAUGACGGUCUUAUCCAUAAGAAAAUUUCCCAUCUUGUCCUUGUCCAUAACCAGGAAGAAUUCCAGCUUGCACUCUUCAAAAACAGAAAUAGAAGGAAUCUUUUUGCAGAUAGGAUUUUCGAUUUGUUCGAUGUUAAGCGCAAUGGGGUUAUUGAGUUUGGAGAAUUUGUUCGAUCACUGGGUGUGUUUCACCCUAAUGCAGAUGUUGAAGACAAAAUUGCAUUUGCUUUUAGAUUGUAUGAUCUGAGACACACAGGAUAUAUUGAGCGCGAGGAGUUGAAAGAGAUGGUUUUGGCCCUUUUGCACGAAUCAGAUUUGGUACUUUCAGAUGAUGUCAUUGAACAAAUCGUGGAAAAGACAUUUAGCGAUGCUGAUUCGAAAGGCGAUGGAAAGAUCGACCAAGAAGAGUGGAAAGCAUUUGUGUUGAAACAUCCAACUCUGAUAAGGAACAUGACUUUACCAUAUUUAAAGGAUAUAACUCUAGCUUUUCCUAGCUUUGUGUUGAGCUCUGAAGUAGAAGAUUCAGAAAUAUGAAACAUAAGAUAUGAUAUGAAGAUAUCAACAAUGGACCAUCUUUCAAUGAAGCAAUUCAAAGAUCAAACAGCUUCAUCACUAAGAUGACAUUACAAGGAAGGGAAAACGAAGAGCAAAGUCGAAAAAUAAAUCAUCCCUUGAGCUGCACGUUACCACCGCAAUCUUCGAAAUCUCAACUAGUUGGUCAAAUUGCAGAACUAGCAGAGAGCUAAAGAAAAGAACUGUAAAUAAAGUUCAUACAUGUGCAAGUUAAUGUCAUUUGAAACCUCUUCCUUGUCAAAGUUUUUGCACCUUUGGAAGUAUUUGUUAUUACUAAUAUAAAUCUAUGCAUAAUAAAUUAUAAUAUAACUUAUCACCCUUA